AUGGCCGGAGGAGGCAAACUAUAUGCCAGCAAACAGGCAUGUGACGGUGCAUCGUUUGGCGGAGUCCAGACUUUUAAUCCCUUCAUCAAGAGGUUCGGAGAAUAUGAUCAGACUGGAGGCUCUUGGAGUAUCCCGACAACGGUGGUUUCACUGAUGAACAGCUUGGCCUUGCUGGGAAAGUUUUUGGGAGCGAUAGUCGUUGGUCCCCUUAUCGAACGGUUUGGACAUCGCUCAGCCAUGAUGGUGACAUGUGCGACCAGCCAUUCAUCAGCUCAAUUCAUUGUCGGUCGUAUACUAAUUUACCUUGCUGUUGGACUGGUGGAGAAUGUUGUGCCUACAUAUGAGUCAGAGAUUUGCCCAGCUCUUCUUCGAGGUUUUUGUGUUGGCUCCAUCCAACUCUUCCUCACGUUCGGUUCCCUCAUCGCUGGCAUUGCGAACCAAUACCUGUCCAAAUAUACCACAGAUGCAGGCUGGAUGAUCGCAACUGGCGUCCAGGGUAUACCAGCUGUCAUAAUAUUGGCGGGACUUCCUUUCACCCCAAGCGCCGCACAUCAAUUGCCCUUGGUUAUAAUGGCUCUACAACAGCUCACCGGUGUUACGUUCAGCAGUUCCUACGGACCGACUUUCUACAAGAAAGUUGGGCUAGGAGAUAUGGCAUUCACAUACGCAGCAAUUAAUAAUGGUGUAUCAGUGGUGACGGCUAUGCUUGGUAUGGUUCUCUUUGAUACCUUUGGUAGACGCGACGUCACAUUCCACGGAUGCUGGUUGCAAACUAUCUUCCUUUGUCUUAUUGGUGGUCUCGGCUCGAAGACACAUCGAACAGCUGGUCCGGCAGCGUAUAUUACCGCUGCAGAGGUAGGAACUGCGACCUUGAGAGAGAAAACCAUGGCGAUCGCGACGGUAUUCAAUGUUGUGGUUGGAUUCGUGGUUGUCUAUACUACUCCGUAUCUGCUUUCAACUCCUGGAGCUAACCUUGGAGCCAAGCUUGGUUAUAUUUGGGGAGCAUUUGCUGGCGUGGGUGCUAUUUGGGUGUGGUUCUUCAUGCCGGAACUCAAAGGAAGGGGAUUGGAGGAGAUUGAUGAGUUAUUUUCAGCCAAAUUACCUGCCUGGAGGUCUAAGGAGUUUGUAGGCUCUGGUUUAGGAGGUGCUAUUUCCAACGAAAAGGAGACAGCGAUGAAUGAUGAGCAAGUGGAAGAGGUUGAGAAGGUAUAG